AUGAUGCUGCGACGACCGAUCUCCAGCCUCCGGGCGCGCCAGACAUGGAUCUGCACGCAAUGUCGCGCCGGUUACUCCUCCGUCGCCGCCGCGCCCAGCUCCAAACUCCGCAUGGGCAACAACAAGAAGACCAAUCUCCCCGACGGCCCUGCUAGAACUCGUUUCGCGCCGUCGCCCACUGGUUAUCUUCAUCUCGGAUCCCUGCGAACGGCAUUGUUCAACUACUUGCUGGCCAAGCGCACCGGCGGCCAAUUCUUGCUUCGCAUUGAAGAUACCGACCAGAAACGUACGAUUCCGGGGGCCGAGCAGAGGCUUUACGAUGAUCUUCGCUGGGCGGGGUUACAUUGGGACGAAGGUCCGAUCGUUGGGGGCCCAUACGGUCCUUACAGACAGUCCGAACGAACCGAAACCUAUCGCAAGCACGCCCACGAGUUGGUCGAUAAAGGCCACGCAUAUCGCUGCUUCUGCUCUGCAGAACGACUGGACGCGCACGCACGGCAUCGCAGCGAAGCAGGACUUGCGCCGGGAUACGACCGGAAAUGCGCUGAAAUCUCCGCCGAGGAGUCCGCAGAAAAGGCAUCCAAGGGCGAGGCGCAUGUUAUCCGGCUGAAGGUGGAAGGAUACCCCAUGUUUCAGGACCUGGUCUACGGCAAGACGGGACAGAACCGGCCGACCAACAAGCUGGACCUCAUCGAGCGGGUGUACGAUGAUCCCAUCCUGCUCAAGUCAGAUGGGCACCCGACAUAUCACUUGGCAAACGUGGUGGACGAUCACCUCAUGAAGAUCACGCAUGUUAUUCGUGGCACGGAAUGGAUGGCUUCGACCCCGAUGCACGUUGCUCUCUACAACGCCUUCCAAUGGACCCCGCCUCACUUCGGACAUGUGCCUCUCCUCGUGGACCGAUCCGGCCAGAAGCUUAGCAAGCGCAAUGCGGACAUCGAUCUCAGCUUCUUCAAAGACACGCAGAGCGUCUUCGCCGCGACUCUCGUAAAUUUCGCCGCCCUUCUGGGAUGGUCACACGCUCAAAAAUCCGAUAUUUUCAGCCUCGAAGAACUAGAACAACUCUUCAACCUCAAAAUCACCCGCGGCAACACCGUCGUUGCCUUCGAAAAGCUCUGGUUCCUCCAGAAAGCGCACGCGCAGCGCUUCGCCUCCGCGCCGGAGAGCGCAGAAUUCCAAGAGAUGGUGCAGAAACUCACCACGGCCGUCGAAGCCACCUACCCUCCAGAGCAACUCGCUCCCAUCCUCCAAACCCGCUCCCUCACAUCCUACAUCAUCCCACUCCUCCAAGCGGACGCCAAAUCCUACACCAAACCGGAAGACUUCCUGGCGCGCAACGCCACCUUCUUCCAACCGGCGGCGACCCUGACCCGCCCGCCUUAUACGCCGGCCUCCUCCCCGUCGGCGACCUACCCGCCCACCGCCGCCGCGAUUCCGCUCUCCGCCCUCCACACGGCCGCCACGGCUUUCACUCUUGUGCCCCCCAGCCACUGGACGCUCGACACCCACCGCGCCAAUAUCGCCGCCUACGAUGGGUCGUCCGCCAUUAUCUCAGAAGAGCAGCACCAGCACCAGCAACCAGAAAACGAGGCCGCCCGCAAAGCAGCGGACAAGUUUUUCAAGAAGGAACUGUACCAUUACCUGCGGUGGGCGCUGUCCGGCGGAGCACCGGGCCCCGGGAUCCCGGAGACGAUGGUCGUGCUGGGACGCGAGGAGACGGUGCGGCGGUUGCAGGAUGCCAAGGACCUGACGCUGGAGUUGGUCCCGAACCGUGGGGUGAAGCGGUAUAAGGGGCCGCAGGAGUCGGCAGCGGCAGCGGCAGCGGCGACUGAGCCCAAGGAUAGUUCGUGGAUGGGGUCGCUUGCGCCCAAGAGUUCUUGAUUCGCAUUCCUCUGUGGUAGGUCUAGGGGUUGCUGGACGAAAGGAUAGGAGAUGAGCCGUGGGCUUGAACGGUACCGAGAUACCCUCCCUCGUCGAAG